AAAGACUCGAAAAUUUUGCCGUGGCUUUAGUUCUGUCGCGAGUCCAUCACAAACAUGAUCUUUAAGGCAUCUAUCUUAGUGGCGCUUGCAGUGGCCGUCGCAGCCCGACCCGAGACUCCUUCCUACUCUCCUCCUGCUCACCCAGCCCCAUCGUACUCGCCUCCCAGCCCAUCCUAUAAUGCUCCCGUCUAUAACGAUGUUCCACCCCAAUACAAUGCCCAGUAUAACGUAAAUGAUGAAUACUCUGGCAAUAACUAUGGGCAUCAAGAGGACCGCGAUGGCUACAACACACAGGGAACAUACUAUGUGCAGCUUCCCGACGGCCGUCUACAGAAGGUGACUUACUACGUCGAUGGCGAGUCCGGCUACGUGGCAGAAGUCACCUACGAAGGGGAAGCACAGUAUCCAGCUUACGAACCAUCUACACCAUACCAACCCGCCCCAGCUUACCAACCUCCUUCAUCUCCAUCAUACGCCUAAAUUAUUUCUAAUUUAUUGUGUGAAAUAAAUCAUUCAAUACCAAAGGCAUUGUUUGGUAGCCC